GAGAAGAACGUGUACGUCAUUUUCACAAUGGCGGAGGCUGGGUGAGGAGGAGAGUGUGUGUGUGUGUGAGUGAAGCGGCGCCGUAAUUGUUAGAUCUACAUUGCCCGUUAUACGUGCACGGUGCCUGAAAAUGGCCCUGAACCCCAACGCGGUGGGGAAAAGGGACUCAGAAUGUACCGAGACGGACGAUCUACACCCGGAGGGUGGCGAACCCCUGAAGAAUUCAGCCGCCACCUCGGCCACAGCCAACCAAAAUGGCGAUCGGCCUGGAUGUGGAGACAGGGUAAUGCCCGAACAAGAAGCCCAUGAGCGGCGGAGGAGCGCGCAGGCAGAUGCCCGGAGCUUUAGCAGUUCGCCCCUGCAAGGCCAGAGACCGAGCGAAGAGCUGCCACGGAGAAAUUUUCAAAUCCCGAGGAAGAUAAGAGAACGGAAAGGCCUGUACCAGUUUCUUUCUCCCGACAGCCGGGAGUUUGAGGACCUUGUGAAGAUUGUCUCCUCGUUUUACCUAGACUCAUCAUCCCGAGCAACCUUCUCCUACUGCAAGGCCAGGCUCAUUCACAACGAGCUGCUGGAGAAGGAGUUCAUUGAGAAGCGGAGAGAGAUGAAGCAGGAGGGGAGGACAGAACAAGAACUGACUGAGUCGUACUGCUUCCUUUUUCCAGACAAAUCGAAGCUCCUGUGGAUCUGUGAAAAGGGUCUGUCGGUUGGGCACUCCCGGAUUACUACACUAGGAAAUCCAUCAAUGGGUGUUUAUGUUUCCAAAUAUUCUGAUCUGUUACAAAUCAAUCCCUUUGAAGUGGGCUCAUCUGGAGACAUGAUCGUUUUUAAAGUUAUGAGGGGCCGAAUAAAGCACAUUAAUGACAACAUACCUAAGAAUGCUUUGGAACCUUCUACCAAGGUUGAUUGCCACUUGUCCAAAAGUGGCAAUAGGGUUACGUCUUUGCUGUCUUACAGGGCUUUUGAGCUCACACAGCAAUAUUUUUUCGAGUUUGCAUUUGAUGAGAUCAAAGCACGGCCCAGGCAUGUGUGCCCCUAUGCUGUGCUUUCCUUCAAGUACAAAGGCAAGGAGGCUGCGGCCUCUCCUAUGACUUCACACAGGUUUAACACUAUUUCCCCUGAAGGAAGCCGAGGGAAGAGCUGCUACACUGUGUGGAGUGGUCCACUAGUGAACAAGGGCCUGGAGUUAUUCCCAAUCUGUUUACGAUCCUCCUCGCGCCCAUACCUCCCUUUCAAACUGCCUGAGAAGCUAGAGGUGAGUCGAGGCAUGCAGCUGGAUCAGGUGAAAAGAAAGAUUCCCUCUGUGCUCUUUUCUUGGGACACCUACAGCGCAUCACGGGAAGUGAUGAAAUGUGGGAUGUCCUGCAGCCUGUUUGAGGUGGUGGAGGGUAAAGGCAAACCAACCAGUGGCAGCUUGGUAGCGCUGGUCAACAAACUGGAGAGGGACAGGAUGGUGCUGGUGAAGUCCUUGUUUGACAGGGGCUUUCUCUUCCUGCUGUCCUCAGCGCAGAUGAUUGAGUCCAAAGAGCGACGGGGGCGUGUUGAGAAGAACCUGCAAGCAUUAUUCAUCUUUCAGGAGUCAAGGAUGGUUGUCAAGUAUUCAUCCAGAUUGUUCGAGCCAGAGCCACUGACGACAGAGCCUCAGCCUGCUAUCCUGUCCUCCAUGGAUCCCUUCAUCCCUGCUCUGCACUACUCGCUGUUCAAGUUGCGCCACAACCCAGGCAAGGACCUCAGCUCUGGAGUGGAGCGCCAGGCCACUGAUUACCUAACUCGUAUGGAUUCAGGCACGGUGCGGCCGUUCAUUCUGCCCGACUACAAACAUAACGUGGACGAUAGGAUCAACCCGCUCGCAGUGCCCAGACCCAAAUUUAACAUGGAUGCCGUGCUGCGUUCUUACGUCAACACCCCUGUCAAUUACAUUUUACCUCUGAACAAGACGAAGGACAUCAUUGAAAGAAUACGGAACCCCACACCCAUACCCAUACCUCUACCCCUACCCCUACCCCUACCCUUACCCACACCUGCUCCAGCCCCAGUGGAAUACAGCCCUGUUUCUGACUGGGGUGGCUCGGACAGGGGCUCAGACAGAGCAGAGAGACCUGCAGAAAGGCUGCCCCAGGAGAGGCCACCUCCAGAGAGGCCAGCACAGGAGAAGCCACCCUCAGAGAGCGGCAGGCGGAGGCAAGGGUUGGCCCAUUCUAACGGGGCCCAGUUGCAGCAAACGUCCAAUAUUGAGCCCCAGUCUCAGCCCCCUCAGAGGUUGCGGCUGUCCCAGAAUGAGUAUGAUAAAGACAAGAUGAAACAGUUGCUUAAGCUGAUCCAACUUCAUAAGAAAGCCCUAGUGAAGGAUCCUGGGAAGGAAAGGGAAGAGGAUGGGGCUUGGGACGUCAACAGUCUGAAGAGGAAGUUUGAGGGAGAUGAAAGGGGGGGCACGAACAAACACCAACGCACAGAUCCGCUGAGCAACGGGGAACCCAGUAGAGGAGCCCAAGCAGAUGAGAUCGGAGAUGAGGGUGGACAGAGCGACAAUCUGACAGCAGUGAUGGAAAGCAUGGGCAUCUAUGACACUGACCUGAGGGCUCAUGGGAACACCAGUGCCUCAGUCAACGAAACCCAGCGCCUUCUCAAGAUCCUCCUGGCUACUCUCAACAAAGCCGUGGCUCAGGGCUCAAUGUCUGUGCAGCCAAACCACGGUGAGCCAUCGACAGGUGCAGGAAGCGGGGAACCUGCCUGCCCUGAACCAGAUCCGAAAAAACAAAAUGAGCCCACAUUUCAAACAAACUACACAGAGGAGGACAUGGACUGUAGCCCAGGUAGUCCAUUUAGCGCAGGUUCCCCAGCUGAGCAAGCUUACACUUCAGACAACCCAACCUGGGUUAACCCCGCCAAUGAAGACAAAGUACAGCCUUUUCCUGAGCCAAAGCCCGAGCCAGAGCCAGAGGCCGUGACGGUGGCAGACAGCUACCCAGAGCCGAAGACGCCUGCAGCCGUGGAAGUAAAAAAGGCGGCUGCACCAGCCACGGUACCAGUUGUAGAGGAAGUUCCCUUCAGGCCCUCCAUCAGCCUGGACACCAUACUCAACCAGGAAAUUCACAGUCUCACCUCUGACAUCAAAAACAUUAUGCAGACUCACCACAUCUGCUACUCCUCGCUGCUACCCACACGGUUGCCUCCACACCACUGCUGGCUACCCAACAGCUGCUUCUCAGACUUUGUUACACCCUACGUCUCCCCUGUCCCCAUUCAGGGGCAUAUCAAAGCACUGUGUGAUAAGAUGGACACGUUGAUCCCAGCCCCACCUGCUCCCUCCAAGGGCACUCCUCCACCUCCCCCAGUGACAACAUCUGAUCUUACAACACCACCCCCCACCCCCAUGCAGACUUCCAAAACUAAAGCGGACCCCUCCCUGUCGAAGAGCACCACUUCGUCUCAGAGUGGUAAAAUGGUCACUGUCAAAGGGACGGCAUCCACUAGGCCUAAAAUGGAAGGCUCGUCAGCAGAGUUGGGGGUAGAGGUCUAUUCUCCCUCUCAAGUCACACCAGACUCUCCAGAGGCCAAGUCCCAAAACCCAGGCCCUGCUCCUGGAAGUGGGUCCGGCCUGCUGGCUGGCAGCCUCAUUGGUCAGCUGAAGCCGGAGGUUUUCAGCAGCCUGGUGGAGAUCUUUAAGGACGUCACCAAGAACACAGUCAAAUUCUACAUCUACUCCGGGGACGAGGGGGAGGAGAGCACUGUCUGCAAGGAGAUCAAGGAGUACUUGAAAAGUCUUGGCAACAGCGAGUGCAGCCCACAGACGUUUCUGGAAAACAGCUGCAGUUUAGAUAAGCUCCUCAUCAUCAUUCAGAACGAGGACAUCGCCGCACACGUGCACAAGAUCCCGGCUCUAGUGUCUUUGAAGAAGUUGCCUUCAGUGAGCUUCGCUGGAGUUGACACUCUGGACGAUGUCAAGAACCACACUUAUAAUGAGUUGUUUGUGUCUGGAGGCUUCAUGGUGUCUGAUGAGUUUGUCCUCAACCCUGACCUUAUCACGCAGGAUCGUUUGCAGGGGCUGCUGAAGUUCUUGGAGGAGCAGAGCACCCCUGAACACCCCUGGCAGUGGAAAGUGCACUGCAAGUCCCAGAAGAAGCUCAAAGAACUCGGGAGGUUAAACACCAAUGCCAUGGGGCUGCUGAACCUUCUCACAGCCUACCAGAAGAAGCACCUGGUGGAGUUCCUCCCUUAUCACGAGUGUGACACCCAGUCGCGUCAGGCUCCAGACCUAGAAUGCCUGAUCAAACUCCAAGCUCAGCACACACAGCAGCGGCACCUUAUCUUCCUCACAGAGAGGCCAUUUGAGAUGUUCCUACAGUACUCCAGAAAUGGAAUAGUAAUAGGGAGCAUUGAUGACGUUAUGAGUGGUUUCCACAGUCUGAUUGGCUCCAUCAGUCAGAAUGAGCUCCCAACACCGCCCUCUACAGUAGUGAAUGAUGAGUGUGUGGAAGAGGAGGACAUGUCAUUAGACUCUGAUGAUGGUGAGCCAACCACCAUAUCGGAUCCCUCAGAGCAGAACCAGACAGUUGAGAAGGGGAAGCCUCCACAGCCGCCUCCACCAGAGAUGGAGGAGUUUCGUCCUCCGCUCCCAGACCAGCAGGCCACCCCCGAGAGAACGCCAACGCUGUCUGACUACAGUGCUCUCAAAACAGCCAUCUCGCAGUUCAAAGCCACCAACCAGAUGGGAAUAGGCUCUUCGGACAUUGGAAGCUUGUCACCAGGAGGUUUUCCUGUGAAUCCCCACCAGAGCUUCCUGUGUCCUUCAGCCUCGUGGUCAUCUUACACGGGCUCUUCUAGCUAUGCGGCCUCCCCGGCCUAUCCAGCCUCACCUUGCAGCAGCACCCAGGAACAGGAAUACCGCCCCCCAGUCCCAGCCACAGCCUCUAGCACACUCCCAACCCCCCCUGUCAUGGCCACAGCAGGACCUCUAGCCAACCUGGCUUCGCUCCCCUUGGAGGUCAAACCUCCCCCUCCACCUCACCUUAUGAGGCUGGGCCAUACAUAUGGCUCAGACACUGGAGGAGCUGGGGCUGCUGGGAACUCUCCGCUCACCACCUCCCUCCCCUUCACAGACCAUAAUGACUCAGCCCAGCCAGGUUACAUGGCUGGCAUUUCUAAAAAUGCUAGCGGGACCCCCACGCAACACGACAGGACACUCUGUGGACCUGGGGAGGUUCUAUGGGGGACAGCAGGGGCCAGCACUUGUCAGACUGCUAGCAGCCAGGGUAUGGUCACAUCUGGCCCAGUGGACCCCAGUGGGCUGCCUAAGACUGGGGAGACCCUUGCAGGUAGCAUCCCUGGUAGUCAGGGAGGCAGGACUCCAGUGAAUUGUGUUAACAACAUUGGAGCUUCUGUGGGCAUUCCCACAGUGGCCACCAGGGGGGGCUCAAUAGUCAGACCUAAACUGCCUCCACAUCCAAUGUGUGGUGUGGGCUAUGGUAGUAUAGGUGGCAUCCCUGGACAGAUGGAUCAUGGGCCUAUGCGGGGUGGUAUGGGUCCUGGUUCUUUAGGGAGUUAUCGAGGGAGAGGAGUUCUACCAGGAGGACUUUGGCCUCGGCCAGGACGAGGACAUGAUCGGGGGGACGGUACUGGAGGUGGACCAUACCCUUGGGGUUACCCAGCAGGCAGGGGUGGGGUACAGGAUUACUACUCGGACUACACAUACACUCACAAUUAUGCUCCUCAAUAGACAAUCAUGAUCAAAGGGGCAACACAAACGCCAUACUCCAGAGACUAUUGGAGCUGGCUGAAUGUACAUAUUUCCUUGUCAUAAACACAUUGAUUUAAAUCAGUAAAUAAGGAUCCUGGUUUUCUACAUUAAUAAAAAUUGAUACAGGCAGUGCCGAGUGUCCUACUGUCAUGUAAACUGUAUGUACACACUUUCCAUGUGAACUAUUUGAGACCCUGUUCAAACCACUAUAUUUAUAUUUGCCACCAAAUGUUGAUGGCCUUCCAGCUUCUCGGAAUCUAUCAUGUUAUUUCUGUUUGUCCAGGUUUUGAAACGGUUUGUGAACAAGGGGAAAGGCUGAUAUUUUUUUAAGGAAAAAAAAUUGUGAAUGAAAUUUCACUUUUGCUGUUGGUUUUCUUUUUUUUUUAUUUUACAUAGUUGGUUGUCUGAAAUUCUAUUAAAAUAAAACAUUUCAAAUCUU